AUGAAAGCCAGUCGAAAUGGUCAUGCUGAGGUUGCUCAGCUACUAUUUAAAGGUGACGUAGAUGUUAACAUACAGGGAAAAAAUGGAGUGACAGCCUUAAUGCUAGCCAGUCAAUAUGGUCAUACCAAGAUGGCUGAAGAACUAGUCAAACAGAACGCAGAUGUUAACAUUCAAGCAAAAAAUGGAUUUUUUGCUCUAAUGCUAGCUAGUUUAAAUGGUCACACACAGAUUGCUGAACUAUUACUAAAAGAGAAUGCAGAUAUCAAUAUUCAGACAAAAAAUGGAUGGACUGCCCUAAUGAUAGCCAGUCAAAAUGGUCAUACCCAGGUUGCAGAAUUAUUACUCAAAGCUGAUGCAGAUGUUAAUAUUCAGGAUGAAGAUGGAUUGACUGCCCUCAUACUAGCAAGUCAAAAGGGUGAAACCGAAGAGACAUCCUUCAAAGUAGAUUCAAAGAGUAUUCAGAAGAACUCAGAGUAUUCGAAGAGAGCAAGAAUAGAUAUUGCACUUCUUGAAUCAGCCAAAGUUAGUCAUGACAAAGCAGCUCAAUUUCUUCUUGAUCUCGGAGCGAACACUAAUGUUGCUCUUUAUGAAGCAGCAAGAAUUGAUGAUAAUGAAGCACCAAAUAGGAACAACACCCUGUACAUAGCCAGUGAAAAUGGUCAUUAUCAAGUUGUGAAAGUCCUACUUAAUGAAAAAGCUGAUCCUAAUCUUCAAAGCAAAUAUGGAACAACAGCCCUGUACAUAGCCAGUGAAAAUGAUGGACGAACAGCCAUGUACUCAGCCAGUGAGAAUGGUCAUUAUCAAGUGGUGGAACUGUUACUCAAACAACAAGCCAAUCCUAAUAUCAGGGAAGAAGAUGAUUGGACUGCGCUCAUGAUCGCCAGUGAAAAUGGUCAAUAUCAAGUGAUGGAGCUGCUACUUAAAGAACAAGUUGAUCCUAACAUUCAAGAAAACCAUGGCUGGACAGCUCUUAUGAUAGCCAGUGAAAAUGGUCAUUAUGAAGUGCUGGAACUGCUACUCAAACAACAAGCCAAUCCUAAUGUUCAAAACAAUAACGGAGCAACAGCCCUUAUGAUGGCCAGCCACUAUGGUGAUUAUCAUAUAGUGGAACUGCUACUGAAACAUCAAUCUGAUCCAAACAUUAAAGAUAAAAUGGAAUGGGACGAACAGCCAUGUACUCAGCCAGUGAGAAUGGUCAUUAUCAAGUGGUGGAACUGUUACUCAAACAACACAGCCAAUCCUAAUAUCAGGGAAGAAGAUGAUUGGACUGCGCUCAUGAUCGCCAGUGAAAAUGGUCAUUAUCAAGUGAUGGAGCUGCUACUUAAAGAACAAGUUGAUCCUAACAUUCAAGAGAAACAUGGCUGGACAGCUCUUAUGAUAGCCAGUCAAAAAUGCACGCACAUAGCCAGUCAAAAUAGUCAUUAUCGAGUGGUGGAACUGUUACUUAAACAACAAUCAAAUCCUAAUAUUCAAAGUAAUAAUGGAAUAACAGCCCUGCACAUAGCUAGUCAAAGUGGUGAUUAUCAAGUGGUCGAACUGUUAAUUAAAGAACUAGUUGAGCUUCACAUUCAACAGAAUGAUGGCUGGACAGCUCUUAUGAUAGCAGUCAAAAAAUGGUCAUUAUCGAGUGGUGGAACUGCUACUCAAACAACAAGCAAAUCCUAA